UUGUAUACAAUUCUUUGGGCAAUUUAUAGACAUUUUGCCAAGACACCCCUGAAAAAACAUGAAGGCACCCCAGGGUGCCUGGGUACCCUGGUUGAAAAAGGCUGUACUAUACUAAUAGCUUGUCUUCCUUUGCUUCUGAAUUUAGGGGAAGUCCGUAUGCCUUCUGGCAAGACUGCUAGGCCCAAUAUUACUGAUAACAAGGAUGGAACCGUUACUGUUAAGUUUGCUCCAGUGGAGAAAGGAUUACAUGAGAUGGAUAUAAAGUAUGAUGGAAAUCACAUUCCAGGCAGCCCACUGCAGUUUUACGUAGAUGCCAUUAACAGCAGACAUGUGAGUGCCUAUGGACCAGGGCUUAGUCAUGGAAUGGUAAACAAGCCAGCCACUUUCACUAUUGUCACUAAGGAUGCUGGAGAAGGUGGCUUAUCACUGGCUGUGGAGGGUCCCUCAAAGGCUGAAAUCACCUGCAAAGACAACAAAGAUGGUACCUGCACCGUGUCUUACUUGCCCACAGCUCCUGGAGACUACAACAUAAUUGUACGCUUUGAUGACAAGCAUAUUCCAGGCAGUCCUUUCACAGCUAAGAUAACUGGUGAUGAUUCCAUGAGGACUUCUCAACUCAACGUGGGAACUUCAACAGAUGUGUCCCUCAAAAUCACAGAGACAGAUCUGAGCCAGCUUACUGCCAGUAUCAGAGCUCCAUCUGGUAUUGAAGAGCCCUGUUUGCUCAAGAGGCUGCCAAACAGGCACAUUGGAAUCUCCUUCACCCCAAAAGAAGUGGGAGAACAUGUGGUGAGCGUGAAGAAAAAUGGAAAACAUGUCACUAAUAGUCCAUUCAAGAUAAUGGUUGGACAAUCUGAGAUUGGAGAUGCAAGUAGAGUGAAAGUAUCAGGAAAGGGAUUGCUGGAGGGUAUCACUUUUGAGGUGUCUGAGUUCAUAGUGGACACCAGGAAUGCAGGAUACGGAGGUUUAGGGUUAUCCAUUGAAGGUCCAAGCAAAGUGGAUAUAAACUGUGAGGACGUGGAAGAUGGAACAUGUAAAGUGUCUUAUUGUCCAACUGAGCCUGGCACAUACAUUAUAAAUAUCAAGUUUGCAGAGAAGCAUGUACCAGGAAGCCCAUUUAUGGUAAAGGUGACCGGAGAAGGACGUAUAAAGGAAAGUAUUACAAGAAGACGCCAGGCCCCAUCCAUUGCAAGCAUUGGCAGCACAUGUGACCUCAAUUUGAAGAUUCCAGGCAACUGGUUCCAGAUGGUCUCAGCCCAAGAACGCCUCACUCGAACAUUCACCCGCAGCAGCAGUCACACAUAUACACGUACUGAACGUACAGAGAUCAGUAAGACCCGUGGUGGUGAAACAAAGAGAGAAGUACGUGUGGAGGAGUCAACACAGGUUGGCGGUGAUCCUUUCCACAAUGUCUUUGGUGACUUCCUGGGCCGUGAGAGUCUGGGCUCUUUUGGAAGCAUUACACGCCAAGAAGGUGAACCAGGAGUCCAGGAAAUGACAGCACAAGUGACUAGUCCCUCUGGAAAGACAGCAGAUGCAGAGAUUAUUGAUGGGGAAGAUAGCACAUACAGUGUGCGCUUUGUCCCACAGGAGAUGGGAGCUCACACCGUUAGUGUCAAGUAUAGAGGCCAGCAUGUCCCAGGAAGUCCUUUUCAGUUUACAGUUGGACCCAUGGGUGAAGGUGGUGCCCACAAGGUCAGGGCAGGAGGCACUGGUUUGAAAGGGGAGUUGCAGGUGUUCCAGCUGAAUUCAGCAUAUGGACUCGAGAAGCUGGUGCUGGUGGUCUGUCCAUUGCAGUAGAAGGUCCAAGUAAAGCAGAGAUCUCUUUUGAAGAUCGCAAGGAUGGAUCUUGUGGCGUGUCCUACAUUGUGCAGGAAGCUGGUGACUAUGAGGUGUCCAUUAAAUUUAAUGAUGAACACAUCCCUGACAGCCCCUUUGUGGUACCAGUGGCCUCACGUUCUGAUGAUGCUCGCAGAUUGACUGUUACCAGCCUACAGGAGACAGGACUAAAGGUAAACCAACCAGCUUCAUUUGCAGUGCAGUUGAAUGGGGCUCGUGGAGUGAUUGAUGCCAAAGUGCACACACACCAUCUGGCGUGGUGGAGGAGUGCUAUGUGUCUGAAGUGGAUAGCGAUAAAUACUCAAUCCGUUUCAUUCCUCGUGAAAAUGGGGUGCACUCCAUUGAUGUAAAAUUUAAUGGGCGCCAUAUACCUGGCAGUCCUUUCAAGAUCCGUGUAGGAGAACAGAGUCAGGCUGGUGAUCCAGGUCUUGUUACAGCAUAUGGACCAGGCCUUGAAGGUGGAGUCACAGGGAGACCCUCUGAAUUUAUAGUCAGCACCUUGAACGCUGGGGCUGGCUCUUUGUCAAUGACAAUUGAUGGGCCUUCCAAGGUGAAGUUGGAUUGCCAAGAUUCUUCUGAGGGCUAUAAAGUCUCAUAUACUCCCAUGGCACCUGGAAACUACCUAAUAACCAUCAAAUAUGGAGGACCCCAACAUAUAGUGGGAAGUCCUUUCAAGGCCAGGGUGACUGGUGCUCGGCUAUCAGGUGGUCAUAGUCUCCAUGAAACAUCUACAGUACUGGUGGAAACAGUCACCAAAUCUUCAGCUUCUGUAGGAGGUUAUGGUAUGGCAGUACCUAAAUUUGCAUCUGAUGCCUCCAAAGUGGUGUCCCGGGGCCCUGGACUUUCAAAGGCAUUUGUAGGUCAGAAGAACACUUUUACUGUAGACUGCAGUAAAGCAGGUACCAACAUGCUGAUGGUUGGUGUCCAUGGGCCAAAGACACCAUGUGAGGAAGUUUAUGUGAAGCACAUGGGAAAUCGAUUGUACAAUGUGACCUAUACAGUAAAGGACAAAGGAGACUACAUCCUUAUUGUCAAGUGGGGAGACCAGAAUGUUCCAGGAAGUCCUUUCCAAGUUUCAGUCCCUUGA